UUGCCAAUUAACCAACGCGCUCGCUUCUCGUCUCUCCCGUCGCGCUCCCGCUCCAGCCCACACGACGCAAGCGAGGCAAAGCACAGCUCAACCUCGGCUCCCUAUUUAUGCAGCACUCCCUGCUGCCCCACUCAUCUCAUCACCAGCUCCCCAAAACCUCCGAACAAACCUCCUCGGCAAAAGGCAAAAGGCGAAAGCGAAAGAGCAGGGCAGCAUUGCAGCAAUCAACAAGGCCAACAGCAGCUACGCAGGCUUCGCAAACGUUCUACUUCUGCCCGAAUUUCCAGCGGGCAAAUACAAUGCCUUCGAUGAUGAUGACGCCUAAUAAGGCGAUGCAACGGAAGCCGUCGAUCAGGGGCCGGGCGUGGCGCCUGCUGCGGCUGGCGGUGCUCUGGGCGCGCAGGGGCAGCGCGGUGCAGAGCCUCCGCCUGCUCAAGACGCUGCGGCGCACCCGCGGACUCCACCUCGGCCUCGGCCGGCGCGACGACCGGCUGCGCUACGGCGAGCGCGAGUUCUCCAUCGACGAGACGCCCGCGUUCCGCUUCCGCACCCCGUCCGCGCGCGUGCUCCGGUUCAUCCCCUGCAUCGCGCCCGCCGUCCCGGACACCCCGGCCUGCGGCUUCUACGGAGACGACGACCGCUAUUUCUUCCGCCGUGGCGCCCGCGACACGGAGGACUGCUGCUACGACGAUGGCGAGCCGAGCGAGUGCGACGUCGAGAGCCUCGAGGACGAUGGCGCGGACGAAGACGACCAGCUGCUCGAGCAGGCGAUGAUGGACGCGAGCCGUUCAAGCUUCGGCGCGGCAGCCGCGGCGGAGGGCGGCGGGGAUGCCGGGGUGGACGUGAAGGCGGACGAGUUCAUCGCCAGGUUCUACGCGCAGAUGAAGUUGCAGCGCCAGAUCUCGUGGCUGCAGUACAACGAGAUGAUGGAGAGGAGCGUUUGCUAGCUUAGGUUGAUGCAAGUUUUACAUGUACAUGCGCAGUGUUUUUACUUUUUACUCAGAUACAUGAAUGCAUCAAUUUUACUGGUCUCUUGUUC